AUCAAGAUAAAAGAAAACGUAAGCUAAACUACCGUAUACCAUCCAUAUCCAUGUUCUGAAGCAUCCUACUUUAUGAGAGAACGUGUAUCGGCCGUCGCUAGGGCUAGGGUGUGCUUAUAAAUGUGAGAAGAGUAUUUCUAGAGUUUGCAGUGAGCAUUGAGCACAACUGUGUAAAAAUGGCAGAGAGGUCGACAGAGAAUAAUGAUAAUAAUAGAUCAGAUGGAGGUGCAGGUGCAGGUGCAGGGAAGUAUUUGGUGUGGGAGGACACAACGGUGGCGGUGGUGGCGAACUUGAAAAAUGGUGCAACGUCGAGAAAGUUGCUAAAUGGGAUUAGUGGCUACGCUGAGCCUGACCGGAUGAUGGCACUCAUGGGUCCUUCUGGCUCUGGAAAAUCAACCGUACUUGAUGCCUUGGCUGGGAGGCUUCCAGCAAAUUUCAAAAUGUCUGGGGAUGUUGUACUGAAUGGGAACAAAAGAAGCAGAAACUGCACAGAUAUUUCAUAUGUAACUCAAGAGGGUUUUUUCCUGGGAUCACUCACAGUCAGAGAAACCCUAACAUAUUCAGCUUAUAUAAGGCUCCCUUGUAAAAUGACCAAAGAGGAGAAGAAUGAGGUGGUAGAAAACACUAUCACAAAAAUGGGGCUUCAAGAUUGCGCUGGAAGUAACAUCGGAAACUGGCAUUUGAGAGGCAUAAGUAAUGGAGAAAAGAGGAGACUCAGCAUAUGUAUUGAAGUACUUACAAAGCCUCAUGUGUUGCUGCUUGAUGAACCCACCAGCGGCCUCGACAGUGCUUCCUCUUUCUUUGUGAUAUGGGCACUGAGAAACAUUGCUCGUGACGGAAGAAUAGUCAUUUGCUCCAUUCACCAACCUAGUAUCGAUGUCUUCAAUCUCUUCGACGACCUGCUCCUCUUAGCAGGAGGUGAAACUGUUUAUUUUGGAGAAGCAAAUAUGGCUGUAAAGUUCUUCGCUGAUGCCGGAUUUCCUUGCCCAACACGAAAAAAUCCUCCAGACCACUUCCUUCGAUGCAUCAGUUCAGACUUUGACAAAGUUCUAGCAGCUCUUAUGCUAUCUCAAGGGAUUAAUUAUGCAUCUACAGAUUCUUUAAGUUCCCAAAACAACCUGACAACAGAUGAGAUCAAAGGAAAGCUAAUCAAUGCGUACAAGUCGUCCGCAUUAUCAACAGAUGCAAGAAAAAGGAUCCGAGAAAUCUUGCUCACUGAAAAACCGGCAGAAAAAUCAAACAAGGGAAGUAGUGCCAUCUGGUGGAAGGAGCUAUGCACAUUGAUCAGUCGAUCUUCAAUAAACAUGUCUAGAGAUAUUGGGUACUAUUGGUUAAGGAGUGUGUUCUACAUACUAAUUGCAGUGAGUGCUGGCUCCUUCUUUUUCCACAUUGGAACGAACAAUCAAGCAAUUAUUGCAAGAGGAAAGUGUGAUGGUUUCAUUUAUGGUUUAAUGAUCUGCUUGUCUAUUGGAGGCAUACCCUUCGUUAUUGAAGAACUAAAGGUAUUUAGGCGGGAAAGACUUGGCGGGCAUUAUGGCGAAGCUUUGUUUGUGCUCUCCAAUUUCCUCUCCUCACUCCCUUUCGUGGUUGGCAUGGCGUUCUCUUCUGGAACAAUACUAUACCACAUGGUCAAAUUUCACACGGGAAUCUCUCAUUACUUGUAUUUUUGCAUCAAUCUCUUCUGCUGCAUUGCUGUCACAGAAGGAACCGCUUUAAUUGCGGCAGCAGUGGUUCCCAACCUCUUGAUGGCCAUAGGAGCUGCAGCCGGCAUAAUGGUAUUCAUGAUGAUGCCAUCUCUUCUUUUCCGGAGGAUUGUUGACCUACCAAAUUUUUUUUGGCGAUAUCCCAUGUCAUACCUCAGCUAUGCAGCAUGGUCAAUACUGGGUCAGUACAAGAAUGACAUGAUUGGGCUGGAAUUUGACCCUCUAGUGGUUGGAGAUCCAAAGCUGAAGGGUGAGGAUGUACUCCUUCACUUGUAUGGGAUAAACCCUGAGGUUUCCAAAUGGUGGGAUUUGGCUGCUUUGGCAUGCUUGUUACUUUGUGUCAAAGUCAUCUUUUACUUGGUGCUCAAGUACAAGGAGAGAGCCUCAUUGUCUAUACAUAAACUCUUUGCAAAAGUAACCUUCCAACACCAUCCCAAGAGAGGCUCAUUGAAGAAGGAGCAAUUUGUCUCCUAUUCCAAGAGACACACAACUCUUCAUCCAUUAUCUUCUCAAGAGGGUCUUGGAUCACCACUUCCAUAGUGUGAUUGACAUCUUUUUCUUUUGGCUAGCGAUUUUCACAUUGCCGUUUUCUCGUUCACUCAUUCUCUUGAUUCUUCUUCGAUUUAUCCAGCUCGAGAUUCCAAACAAUAAAGAAAGGCGAGGAGAGUAUGAGGAGACAACAGUGAGAAUCACUUCGCUUUUUUUUUUUCUUCGCUUUUUGUUAACUUACUUUGUAUAAGAAUAAGGGUGAACAAAUUAAAAUGAAGGUUUAUUAAUUUCUCA